AUGGGCAAUGAUUCAAUAGUGAUUAAGACGGUGCUUGACCGGCUGUCUACCGUGUUCCGCAUUCGUGAUCUUGGGAAACCGAGAUUCUCUUUGGGGAUUGAAGCUGUUGAUGGAGCAGGGACCAUAGUCCUUUCCCAGAGGCAGUACAUAACCGAGCUGCUCCGUAGAGAAGGUAUGGAGUCAUGCAAGCCGUUAGCAACACCUGCCUCACCGUCCACACAAGCUGCAUCGCAUGACUCUAAUGCUCUCGAAGAUCCGACCCCUUAUCGUCAACUUGUUGGGUCACUAAUGUACUUACUGAUAACGCGGCCCGACCUAGCCUACUCAGUCAACAGACUCUGUCAAUUUAUGCAUAACCCGACUCAGGGACACUGGGAUGCACUCAAUCGAGUGCUUCGCUAUGUCAAAGGAUCGUUAGACAUUGGGCUACGUAUCACUCCAUCCACUGCACCGGUUCUGCAUGCCUUUUCUGACUCCGACUGGGCCGGAUGCUCUGUAGAUCGAAAGUCCACGGGAGGCUAUGCUGUAUUCUUGGGACCCAAUCUUCUAUCCUGGGUGUCCAGGAAACAGCGCAUGGUAGCCCGCUCGUCUACGGAAGCAUAA